GAUAUUGAGGAUAUUAUGAAGGAUUCUUACUUGAAUAUUUUACGGUUUUAUGUUACAAGUGAGGAGAUUUGUUCCGGAUUUCAUCCAGUAGUGACUGCACCCGUAGAAAAAGUAAAGAUGUCGAUUUACACGGAAGAAGAAUUCCAAAGCAAACAGUACAGAUGGAGAAAGGACAAUGGAAAUAUACUGGUCACGAUUGUAUCUCAGCCGUUUCGUCUCGGCCAUGCAGAUAAGGAGACGAAAAUCACAGAAACCGACCCCCAAGAUGGAAGUAAUAAGGAUAUAGAUGCUCUUCACUUGAAAAAAUUCUUUGAAGAAGAAAAAGAAAAGUUUCCGGUAGCAGUAGAUUGCAAAUUUAGGCAAAACAUUGACUUUGAUGCCUAUAUCAAAGAUUAUAUUGAGAUAAUGGAGGACAAGGACAAGAAAUUUGAUAAGUAUGAAAAGUAUGACUGUUUUGUCUUUGUUUUCUUGACGUAUAUCGAUGACGAAAAGCUGCAUUUCCAUGAUAAAUGCAUACCUCUAGAGGAGAUACUGAACAAAGUGAAAGCACAGGAGGUAACAAGAGGAAAACCAAAGAUCUUCCUCGUCCAAUCCGAUGAUAACACCUUGCUUGGAGUAAAAACAUUACCCAAAGGUCCUGUCGAGGUUAUAGAGAGAAAAAUACCACAGGAUGCUGACAGAUUCAUAAUCCAAUCAACAGUACCACAGGGGAUCGCAAACAGGAAUACUUCAUCCGGCACCAAGAAUCCGUCGUUCCUUAUUCAAGCCUUUACGCAGGCAUUAUCGGAAAACUGGGAGCGGGAAGAACACAAAAGAGAGGACUUCCUUUCCUUGUCAACCGAGAUAAAUGGGAAAGUGGAUGAUAUGAUAAGAAGUUCAGGAGAUAACAGGGCCGGUGAUAUGCAGGUUCCUCUUGUCACUUCAACGCUGACAAAACAAUUGCUAUUUUAGGUGGUAUUGUGUUGGACAGUUCCUUUAAAAGACUAAUAUAUGCUGAAACAGUAUUAUCAUUCUUUAAAAUAGCGUUUUAUUAGCUCACCUGAGCAAUGCUCAGGUGAGUUUUUCUGAUCGCUCGAUGUCCGGCGUCCGUCGUCUGUCUGUCUGUCGUCUGUCUAUCGUCCGUCAACAUUUAGCUUGUGUAUGCGAUAGAGGCUGUAUUUUUCAACUGAUCUUCAUGAAUUUUAGUCAGAAUGAUUACCUUGAUGAAAUCUAGGCCGAGUUCGAAAAUGGGUCAUCUGGGGUCAAAAACUAGGUCACUAGGUCAAAUCAAAGAAAAACCUUGUGUAUGCGAUAGAGGCUGUAUUUUUCAAUUGAUCUUCAUGAAAUUUUGUCAGAAUGAUAACCUUGAUGAAAUCUAGGCCGAGUUCGAAAAUGGGUCACCCGGGGUCAAAAACUAGGUCACUAGGUCAAAUCAAAGAAAAACCUUUUGUAUGCGAUAGAGGCUGUAUUUUUCAAUUGAUCUUCAUGAAUAUUGGUCAGAAUGAUUGCCUUGAUAAAAUCUAGGCCGAGUUCGAAAAUGGGUCAUCUGGGAUCAAAAACUAGGUUACUAGGUCAUAUCAAAGAAAAACCUUGUGUAUGCGAUAGAGCCUGUAUUUUUCAAUUAUUCUUCAUGAAUAUUGGUCAGAAUGAUAACCUUGAUGAAAUCUAGGGUGAGUUCGAAAAUGGGCCAUCUCGGGUCAAAAACUAGGUCACUAGGUCAAAUCAAAGAAAAACCUUGUGUAUGCGAUAGAGGCUGUAUUUUUCAAUUGAUCUUCAUGAGUGUUGGUCAGAAUGAUUGCCUUGAUGAAAUCUAGGCCGAGUUCGAAAAUGGGUCAUCUGGGGUCAAAAACUAGGUCACUAGGUCAAAUCAAAGAAAAACCUUGUGUAUGCGAUAGAGGCUGUAUUUUUCAAUUGAUCUUCAUGAAUUUUGGUCAGAAUGAUAAUCUUGAUGAAAUCUAGGCCGAGUUUGAAAAUGGGCCAUCUGGGGUCAAAAACUAGGUCACUAGGUCAAAUCAAGGGAAAACCUUGUGUAUGCGAUAGAGGCUGUAUUUUUCAAUUAAUCUUCAUGAAUUUUGGUCAGAAUGAUAACCUUGAUGAAAUUUAGACCAAGUUCGAAAAUGUGUCAUCUGGGAUCAAAAGCUAGGUCACUAGGUCAAAUCAAAGAAAAACCUUGUGUAUGCAAUAGAGGCUGCAUUUUUCAACUGAUCUUCAUGAAAUUUAGCCAGAAUGAUAUCCUUGAUAAAAUCUAGGCCGAGUUCGAAAAUGGGUCAUCUGGGGUCAAAAACUAGGUCACUAGGUCAAAUCGAAGAAAAACAUUGUGUAUGCAAUAGAGGAUGUAUUUUUCAAUUGAUCUAGAGUGAUUUCGUCAGAGUGAUUGCCUUGAUGAAAUCUAGGCCGAGUUUGAAUAUGGAUUAUCUGAGGUCAAAAACUAGGUCACUAGGUCAAAUUAAAGAAAAAUCUUGUGUAUGCGAUAGAAACUGUUUUUUAUCCCCCCGUCAAAGGCGAAGGGGAUAUUAGAAAUGCUCUCCGUCCGUGCGUCCGUCCGUCCGUCCGUGCGUCCGCAACAAUCUUUGUCCGGAGCAUAACUCCAAAAGUACUGGAGGGAUUUUCUUCAAAACUUCAUACACUGAUAGAACACAUUGGGAGGAAGUGCAGUGUGCAAGAACAAUAACUCUACCUUGCCUAUUUUUUGAGUUAUUCCCCUUUAUCAUAUUUUCUUAAAAAAUUUGUUCGGAGCAUAACUCCAAAAGUACUGGAGGGAUUUUCUUCAAACUUCAUACACUGAUAGAACACAUUGGGAGGAAGUGCAGUGUGCAAGAACAAUAACUCUACCCUGCCUAUUUUUUGAGUUAUUCCCCUUUAUCAUAUUUUCUUUAAAAAUUUUGUCCGGAGCAUAACUCCAAAAGUACUGGAGGGAUUUUCUUCAAACUUCAUACACUGAUAGAACACAUUGGGAGGAAGUGCAGUGUGCAAGAACAAUAACUCUACCUGGCCUACUUUUUGAGUUUUUCUCCUUUAUCAUAUUUUCUUUAAAAAAUUGUCUGCAGCAUAUCUUUUUCAUGCAUGGAGGGAUUUUGAUAUAUCUUGGAACAAAUGUUCACCACCACGAGGUGGAGUGUCAUGCGCAAGAACCAGGUCCCUAGUUCUAAGGUCAAGGUCACACUUAGAGGUCAAAGGAUACAAGAAUGAAAACCUUGUCCGGAGCACUUCUUCUUCAUACAUAGAGGGAUUUUGAUAUAACUUGGCACAAAUGUUCACCACCACAAGGCAGAGUGUCAUGCGCAAGAUCCAGGUCUCUAGGUCUAAGGUCAAGGUCACACUUAGAGGCCAAAGGUCAGAUACAAGAAUGACUUUGUCCGAAGCAUUUCUUCUUCAUGCAUGGAGGGAUUUUGAUGUAACUUGGCACAAUUAUACACCAUCAUGAGACGAAGUGUCAUGCGCAGUUCCCUUCUUUAGAAUUACUUCCCUUUGUUGUUACUUUAAAUAGCUUUUAUUGUAACCUUUUCAUUACUAGUCGUAGGAAAAAAUCGAGACCACUUUUCAGUAGUACAACAUGCAUGCUACAUCCAAUUUUGAGGUGUAUUUUGACCAAUCUCUACCUAGUAAAGAUUUUUGUGUGGACUUACAAUUUUUUUUUUUUACAAACUAACUUCCAUUAGUUGUUACUAUAAAUAACUUAUAUUGUAACAUUUUUAUAAUUGACCACAGGGAAAAAACAAGACCACUUUUCUUUGGUACAACCUGGACUUUCCAAUUUUUAGAAAAACAAAAGACUUACAAUGAUUACUAAACAACCUCAAAAUUAAAAUUCCAUUUGCAAAUACAGCUGCUAGAGUAAAGAAAUUUGCUGUGACGGGCAUAUAUUAUGACAUUCUGGCACUCUUGUUCCCUGUUAGCUUUCCAUUCCUUCUUUUUACAGUAGCCAUAUAGAAAAACAUCAUACAGCUAUACUGUUCAUGAAGAUUAAUAAAAUUUAGCAGUAAACCACCUCACCACUGAAUAAUUCUUUCUUCCACAUCUUUAAAACCCCUGAUGUUGACCAUAACUAAACGGUUUUUCAAAGCUUCUCCCAAAAUGAAUACUUUCAGACACUAACUUGCCAGGAACUUUAGCCUUCAAUAAUAAUAUGCCCGGCGGGGGGAUUGGCCAUGUCUAACAUGGCCCUUGUUUUCAAUUGAUUUUUAUGAAAUUUGGUCAGGAUGAUUGCCUUAAUGAAAUCUAGGUCGAAUUUGAAUAUGGGUCAUCUGAGGUAAAAAACUAGGUCACUUGGUCAAAUCAAAGAAAAAACUUGUGUAUGUGAUAGAGGCUGUAUUUUUCAAUUGAUCUUCAUGAAUUUUGGUCAGAAUGAUUGCCUUGAUAAAAUCUAGGUCGAGUUUGAACAUGGGUCAUCUAGGGUCAAAAACUAGGUCAUAUCUAAGAAAAUGCUUGUUUUAUCGCAAGAGACCAAUUUUUUGGUCCAAUCUUAAUGAAAAUUGGUCAGAAUAUUUGUUUCCAUGAAAUCACUAGGUCAAACAUGUUUUACACUGUUAUGGUGUGUUUCUUAGGUGAGCGACCUAGGGCCAUCUUGGCCCUCUUGUUUGUAAACCUCGUAAUAUGGCAGAAAAGUGAAGCAAUAAAUUUAAACGGUUGUCACAGAAAAUGGAUAUUUCUGUAGUACGUGAAGGCUCCGGAUAAUUUUUAGACCUAUGAGUAUUUCCUCAUCAUAAUUUUUGUGAAUGGGUAAAAUGGUAAAAUCUGAAAUUUACUAAGGGUAAUGGACUUUUUUUCUCCUUUGACUUGCUUUGCUUAAAACACUCGCUACUUAAUCAAAAAGAAUAAACACAUGGUGAAAUAAC